AAAGACAUUAUGAAAUAAAUAAAGUAUUGCAUUAAAAAAUUUUUCUAUUUUUAAGUCAUUUGUACAAUGGAGGAUAUUAUUAAAGAUAAUCUAGAAAAAAAAUCAUUGAAAAGGGAGGAUAUUAAAGAUAAUUUAGAAGAGAAAUCAUUGGAAAAGGAAGAAAAUUAUGUGGUUUCUCAAAGCAGUAACUCCGAAUUCUAUUUAAAUGCACAAAAGUAUUGGGCAAAAAUUCCACCUACUGUGAAUGGGAUGCUUGGAGGGCUAGGCUAUAUCAACGCUUUAGAUAUUCAAGGUUCGAAUUGUUUUUUACGCGAACUAAAGAUUAAAGAUGCGAGUAAAACUUGUGCGCUAGAUUGCGGUGCUGGUAUAGGCAGAGUUUCAAAAAAUCUGCUUAUGCCGUUAUUUGCCAAAGUUGAUCUUGUUGAACAAGAUCAGGCCUUUGCUGCAAAAGCUCACGAAUAUUGUGUCAAAGACUCUGGCGCUGUUCUUGGCUAUCCAAAUCGUUUGGGUGAAAUAUACAACAUUGGCCUCCAAGAUUUCCGGCCCGAUGUUAAUAAAUAUAACCUAGUUUGGUCUCAAUGGGUAUUAGGACAUCUCACUGAUGUAGAUCUCCUACUACUUUUCGUACGCAUUCGCCAGAGUUUAAUUGCUGGUGGUCACUUUGUGAUUAAAGAGAAUAUAACAAGUUCGCGACAAGUCGAAAAAGAUGAUGAAGACUCGUCAGUUGCUAGACCGUUAAAAAUGUACGAAACAUGUUUGAAACAGGCUGGAUUCCGCAUCGUGAAAAUGACUCAGCAAAAAAAUUUUCCGAAAGGUCUCUAUCCCGUUUAUAUGAUAGCCAGUCGUCCUCUGCGAAAAAAAAUAUGUGAUUCUUAAAUGUUGUGGAAGAUGUUCUAAGGAUAUAUUCAGUAUAGUACUGUCAGGGAGGCGAGAGCGAUGACCAGUAAUGCAUAAAUAAUGUAAUGUAUUUGCUGUGUAUAUAUUUUAGAUAUACAUGUUUUCUUCUUCUAAAAAAUACGCAGUUUUCUGAUUUUAUUGUGGUUUAUAGAGACGUCUACAUGAUCUGCAGAAACCUAUAUAUUUAGUUGUCGAAUACAAAUUUAUUGUGGGCUUUGGAAGCAAAAUUCCGGCUUAUUUAUCUAUUUAUUCCACUUAUACAAGAAACUCAACUAAAACAAAUGGCAGUCGAGUUCAAUUGACGCUUAA